ACGAAACGCCAACGGAAAAUCCAAGGCAAGCCACACGUGCGUACUCCUUAUCUAGAGCUUCGUAUGCAAAUAGAGUGAAGUGCCCUGUGUCUUGUUAGUGGUCACUCAGAAAAGGCUGAGUCUGUUGUUACCCAAUAAGAAUUCAAAAACAUCCCCAAGCUGCGUUUCUAUUGGUUACAAUGAACUCAGUCUAUCAACCAAUGACGCGUCUCCUUUUUCGCGCCGUGGCUUGACUAUAAAAGCCAAAGGGGUUGGCUUGGUUUUGUCCCGUAACCUUCAGUUGUUCAAGGUGUUCACUAUGUCUGGACGCGGCAAGCAGGGCGGCAAGGCUCGCGCCAAGGCCAAGACCCGCUCGUCCCGGGCCGGCCUGCAGUUCCCCGUGGGCCGCGUGCACCGGCUGCUCCGCAAGGGCAACUACUCGGAGCGGGUGGGCGCCGGCGCCCCGGUCUACCUGGCGGCCGUGCUGGAGUACCUGACGGCCGAGAUCCUGGAGCUGGCGGGCAACGCGGCCCGCGACAACAAGAAGACGCGCAUCAUCCCGCGCCACCUGCAGCUGGCCAUCCGCAACGACGAGGAGCUCAACAAGCUGCUGGGCCGCGUCACCAUCGCGCAGGGCGGCGUCCUGCCCAACAUCCAGGCGGUGCUGCUGCCCAAGAAGACCGAGAGCCACCACAAGGCCAAAUGAGCAGCUUUAGGUAGUCCUCUCCCCCAAAGGCUCUUUUCA